CCCAGAGCCCCGCCCACAACGCUACUCUUCCCAGGUCUUCCCCUGGGAUCAGAGGGCAUGUGUCCCUCCGCUUCGGAAGGCUCUAGCACACCGUUGGGCAUUUCCUCCCAGCUCUGUGGUCAUCAGCCCUCCCCUGGCGGUGCCCUACCUGUUGUCCUCUGCCUCCCCCACCGUGCUCCGCUGCCUGAGCCUUGCCUCGGGAUGCGGGUCUGCCUCCAGAACCCCUGAAGGCCCGCAGGGACCACGUGGUUCGCCUAGGAAGCCCUUUGGCUGAGGCUGCCCAGUGUGGCCACGUGGACUCCAGUCCACGGUUAGGUCACUCGAAGCGUUGCCAGCCGUGGUGGCAGGGUGACCUCGUGGACGCGGCCCCUGUUUCCAGCACCACCCGGAGAAGAUAUAAAGCUAUUUGUGCUGGGCGGUCCCUCCAGACAGCCCCGCGGCAUCCCGAGGGGCCGCUAUGGCCAGGUCCAGGAGAGCUGGGGGCGGGUCGGGGCGGGGGAAGGGUCUUUGAGGAGGUCGUGUGAGGGUCGCGACAAAUAGUUCCGGACCUCCCUGCUGGCGGGCAACCACAAUCGCAUCAACUGUCCGCGGCCGACCUGCCCUGGGGACCGUGACCGCUCUUGCCGGGACGUGCCCGCAGCUAAGUUCCACGAGCUGAGACUCCGCAGACCAAGCCGCCCACGCGCCGCGCCGGGUCCGCACGAACUCUGCCUCCUGGGGACGCCCCAGCCACAGGGACGCGUAUCUCUGGGUGUCUCUGCGCAACCAUGAGCUGUGCGCGAGAUCGCGACCCGCGUGGGAGGCGGCCCUCUGCGCAGCCGCGAGCCUGGGCGCCGCAGGGCAAAUGCCUCGGGUUUGGUGUCCGGAGGCCCAGUCGGGGAAAUGUGGGCCGGCUGCAGCCUGGGCGGUCAGGGGCAGAGUCCACGCAAACCACACCAGGCCCGCCCGGGUGGGCCAGCCGUUCGAACCUUGCCUUGGCGCACCCAGCCUCUCCCCACCGCCCCGCCUUUUCCUUUGCCCCGCCCUCGGCUCCACCCCGUGGCUACGCCUGCGCAGUGGGGCGGGGGCAAUAGGCAUCCUGGCGGUCCAGGCAGAGCAGCCGCGGUGCCGGUCGCCUCCAGUUCGCUGCUGCCUCCAGCGCGCUCGCCCGGGCUCGGGCGGCUCCGGCUGGGAUGGCGGCGGCGGCCGAGCCCGGAGCCCGCCCCUGGCUGGGCGGCAGCGCCCCGCGGCCCAGAAGCCCGGUUUGCAGCCCAGUACUGGGCAGCGAAGGCCGCGCGCGCCCGGUUUUGGGGCCGGGGCCGGAGCGGGCGGGCGUCAGACCCCCGGGUCCCGCGGCCUUGCAGGGCCACAGCUUCCGGAAGGUGACGCUCACCAAGCCCACCUUCUGCCAUCUCUGCUCGGACUUCAUCUGGGGGCUGGCCGGCUUCCUGUGCGACGGGACUGGGGUGUUUGGGGCCACAGCAGGGAGGGGUGUGCACUGAAACUGAGGGCCUUCUGGAAGAGCUGCCUGUCCCCAGAACAGACUGCCUCGAGGCUCUGUGGUGCAGCGUACAGCUGUUUGGGUGGAGUGAGGGAAGAGUGCCCCUGGGGGAGCUGGUCUCCUACAGAGAUGCAGGAGCUUGCAAGGCCCCUGCCCUUCUGGGCCCACUUACGGACUCCUAUUCCCAUAGUCUGCAACUUCAUGUCCCAUGAGAAGUGUCUGAAGCAUGUGAAGACCCCAUGUACCAGUGUUGCACCCAGCCUGGUCCGGGUCCCUGUGGCUCACUGCUUCGGCUCCCGGGGUGUCUACAAGCGCAAGUUCUGUGCUGUCUGUCGCAAGGGCCUGGAGGCGCCUGCACUCCGCUGUGAAGUGUGUGAGCUGUACCUUCACCCCGACUGUGUGCCCUUCGCCUGCAGUGACUGCCGCCAGUGUCACCAGGAUGGACACCAGGAUCAUGACGUGCAUCAUCACCACCACUGGCGGGAGGGGAACCUGUCUUCUGGAGCGCGCUGUGAGGUCUGUAGGAAGAUGUGCAGCUCCUCAGAGGUGCUGGCUGGCCUGCGCUGCGAGUGGUGUGGGGUCCAGGCCCACUCGGUCUGCUCCACGGUACUUGCUCCUGAGUGCACCUUCGGGCGCCUGCGCUCCCUGGUCCUGCCCCCCACGUGUGUGCGCCUGCUAUCCCGCAACUUCAGCAAGAUGCAUUGCUUCCGCAUCACCGAGAUGAUGGCCCCAGAGCUCGGUGACGGGGAUGGUGGUGCAGAUGGAGGUGCUGCUGCAGUCCCAGGCAGAGAGACGUUGGUACCUCCAGAGUCCAGCAAGCAGACAUUGAAGAUCUUUGAUGGUGAUGAUGCGGUGAGGCGAAACCAGUUCCGAGUCAUCACUAUCUCCCGCCUGGCCCCCAGCAAGGAGGUGCUGGAGGCUGCGCUGCGGGCCUACUACAUCCCUGAAGACCCUGAUAGCCUGGAGCUACACCCGCUGCCCUCUCAGGCUGGUAAUGCCCUGGCUUGGGCUAAGGCUGGAAUCUUGGAGGAGGAGGAGGGCGUGAGAGGCCCAGGGUCCUGCGAGGCUGCGCCCGAGGCCUGGGUCAUCCGUGCUCUGCCUCAGGCCCAGGAAGUCCUGAAGAUCUAUCCUGGCUGGCUCAAGGUAGGUAUGGCCUACGUAUCCCUGUGUGUGACCCCGCAGAGCACAGCGAGGAAGGUGGUGCUGGAGGCCCUGCCGCUGCUUGGCCGCCAGGCUGAGGGUCCUGAGAGCUUCCAUCUGGUGGAGGUGCUCAUGGGCAGCCGGCAGGUCCAGCGGACAGUGCUGGCAGACGAAGAGCUCCUGCUCAACCGGCUUUGGGACAUCCGGCAGACCUCCUUGCGGCAGGUGAGCCAGACGCGGUUCUACGUGGCAGACAACAGGGCUCCGGCCCCUCGAAUCUCCCUGUUCGUUGGUGGCCUGCCUCCUGGCUUGUCUCCCCAGGAGUACAGUGACCUGCUGCAUGAAGCCAUGGCCACCAAAGCCGCCGUGGUGUCCGUGAGUCACGUCUACUCCGCCCAAGGUGCAGUAGUGCUGGAUGUUGCCUGCUUCGCAGAGGCUGAGCGGCUGUACAUGCUGGUCAGGGACACAGCUGUGCAGGGCCGGGCACUGACCGCACUGGUGCUCCCAGAUGUGCUGCACUCAGAGCUGCCCUCAGACAGCUGCCCUCUCCUUGUGUUCGUGAAUCCCAAGAGUGGAGGCCUCAAGGGUCGGGACCUGCUCUGUAGCUUCCGGAAGCUGCUGAACCCUCACCAGGUUUUUGAGCUGACCAGCGUGGGUCCUCUUCCUGGGUUCCACCUGUUCUCCCAGGUGCCCUGCUUCCGAGUGCUGGUAUGUGGUGGGGACGGCACCGUGGGCUGGGUGCUGGCUGCCCUGGAAGAAACACGGCACCAUUUGGCCUGCCCAGAACCUUCUGUGGCCAUCUUGCCACUGGGUACAGGAAACGACCUAGGGCGGGUCCUCCGUUGGGGGGCUGGCUACAGUGGGGAGGACCCCUUCUCAGUGCUGGUGUCCGUGGAUGAGGCUGACACUGUGCUCAUGGACCGCUGGACCAUCUUGCUGGAUGCUCACCAGGAUGGCAAUGCAGAGAAUGGUGUAACAGACGCAGAGCCCCCCAAGCCACCUGCUGCAGGGGCCAGCACCAUCCUCUUUGUAAAUGCAGCUGCUGAGAUUGUACAGAUGAGCAACUACUGUGGCAUUGGCAUCGAUGCAGAGCUGAGCCUGGACUUCCACCAGGCCCGGAAUGAGGAGCCUGGCAAGUUCACAAGCAGGUUCCACAACAAGGGCGUGUAUGUGCGCGUCGGACUGCAGAAGAUCAGCCAGGCACGUGGCCUGCACAGGGAGAUCCGGCUGCAGGUGGGGCAGCAGGAAGUGCCACUGCCCAGCAUUGAGGGCCUCAUUUUCAUCAACAUUCCCAGCUGGGGCUCAGGGGCCGAUCUGUGGGGCUCGGAUAGCGACACAAGGUUCGAGAAGCCGCGCAUGGACGAUGGACUGCUGGAGGUGGUGGGCGUCACAGGUGUUGUCCACAUGGGCCAGGUCCAGGGUGGGCUGCGCUCUGGAAUCCGCAUUGCCCAGGGCUCCUACUUCCGGGUCACGCUUCUCAAGGCCAUCCCUGUGCAGGUGGAUGGGGAGCCAUGGGUUCAGGCCCCCGGGAACAUGAUUAUCUCGGCUGCUGGCCCAAAGGUCCACAUGUUGCGGAAAGCCAAGCAGAAGCCCAGAAAGGCCGGGACCUCUAGGGAGGUCCAGGUGGAUGCCACAUCUGCCCCUGAGGGUGACCUCAAGUAGUGGUGGCUGAGGUGGCAGGGCCAGCAGGAGCAUCUGCACCGCCAUCCUCGUCAGUUCCUCUGGGCACAGCUCUGCACCUGAGUCGGUAGUGGCUGGCCAGUGAUGGACUUGGCUAUAGUAUCUUCCUGGGGACCAGAAUGUUUCCAGCCCUCUCUUCCAUCUAGUGUCAUGGAAACUGCUGGGUGGGUGGUAGCUGUUUCCCUUCCUGUUUGGGACCAGGUCAUGUGACUGGUGGGGGGGGGCCUGGGCAGCUCUCUGCCCUGUUGCAGGACCUUCUAGGGGAAGGCACAAUGGGGCCCCAGGCCACCUUUCCUCCUCCCCACCUCCCAGCACCAGCUGGACAAUGCUUGUAUAGGUUGUCCGGGUGAGUCUGACCUCAUUUUGUGCUCCUCAGGCUGUGCCCCAGAUAGGCCUUCACAGCCAAGACUCUGUGAGGCCCUGGGUGUGCCCUGCCUAAUAGCUAGAGAUGGUGCCAGCUGCUGUACUCUUUCUAUCCCCUGCAGGAGGUGCAGGCUGUCCCCAUAUCACUGUCUGCCUGGAGGGAAGGCAGUGGCUCUGGUCUCUUGGCCUCACUGUAGGCCCUAGUGCAGGGGUUAGGGUGAGCCCUGCCGCCCUUUCCUGGGGCCCUGUGGUGGGGGAGGGAAGCCUCUGCUGACCAAGGCUGGGUAGGUUUGGUGCUGCCCACGCAGCAGGAGUGUGGACUGGACUCCGGGUAUCCCCCUUGUAGCACUGGAGGGAUCAGAGAACUUUAUGGAAGUGUGUAGCCCCUGAUGCUGUGGGGUAGAGGGGCCCACUGGGACCCCUGACCCACUUUAACACCUUCCUACCACCUGCCAACAGUCAGCCUCCCAUGUUAGUACACUCUUCUGAUAGUGCUGCUGGCCAGGGUACACUUGGGGGCACAUGGUGACUGGUUGCCCUGCUAGAGUAAGACAGCUGCAUGUAUACUCUCUGCCCAAGGGUUUGGGGGCACUUUUCACACCUCUGACCCCAGGAGUCUGACCACAUCAAACCAAGGCUCCCCAUUUACUUGUGGGCACAUCUGGCCUGAUCCUAUCCCAAGUUCAGCUUUCACCUCAGGAGGGCCUGUUCUGGCCUCCUGGAGGCCUUGCUGCUACCCCCACCCCCACUUCUGCCAAAACAGCACAGAUGAGUAAUUGUGAUGGCCCCUGUGCCUCAGCACACAUAUUCCUCAUAUCUGCCGUCACUUGAUUGUCAUCUUACAACCAGUCUGUAAUGGUGUAGUUUCUGUAUGUUGUUGAGGUGAUUUGUCCUGUGUUUGCCCAGAUAGGGUCUAUGUCGAUGGUGUAGGAACCUUUCCAUGUGUCACUUAUUGCUACCUGAAUGCAGUAGUAAAUUAUGUUAAGGGACACAAAUACAGUCUGGGAACUGCU